AUGCGACGAUUCAUCGAGCGAAUCAAACAGUUCAUCACGAGCACCAAGUUACUUCGACGAAGAUACGCCCAGCUAGCUCGAUAUUCCUUGUUUUUGUUGAUUCUGGGACUAUGUGCUUUGAUAUACACCACUAAAUACCGUAAGUAAAUUAUUAUUCAAAUAAAAGCUUUACUCACUUAAUUUUUAUCUCCUUAAAGCAUAAUUUAAGGUAAUUAGUUUGUAAUUAACCUACCUUAUCUUGUCCUAAAUCUGUAGUUGUCGGAAUGUUGAAAAAAAAUAUUACCUAAAAUGGAAUUUUACGUAAAGUUGUAUAUGAAAUCAAAUAUAAAUAAAAAAUACGAUUUCGAUGUAUUAUUGUACCAUUUUCAUUAAAUUCUAACAAUAAAACAUUAUUUUCCCUUUACAAACAAAAAAUUGUCAAAGAAUUCUGUCCAGAAAAAGUGUCAUCAAGACAAUAUUUGUGAAUUUUCGAUCGUAUUUUUUGUAAAAAACCUAUUUGAAGAUUUUCAGAUUCAAGCUACAUUACCAAAGCUCCGUUUGAUGAUGUAAACUACGUCAGAUCAGCGUACCGUGUUGAUGAUUCCACAAUUCGAAUUGUGUUCGUGAGAUCUGUUGAGAAUAGGUAAGACUUUCUUUUUAUAUUUACGUUUUUUAGGCACAAUCUGACAUUUGAAUAUGGAUCAAAGAAAGGCAAGAUCAGGUUGGAAUGUCACAAUGAACAUUGCCCGGACAAGUUUUCACCUCCAUGCAGAUUGACUGGGUAUAUCGGAGUAGUUGAGGGACUUUCGAAGACUGAUAUCCAAUCUUAUCUCGUUAUCUUUUCCGAUUUUGACCCUGUGGAACCUUUGUUCAUCAAUGUUCAGUAAGUUUGGGAUUUUGAAGUUUGUUUUAAUGUUGUUAUAGGUAACAUUUUGUUAAUUGGUAUGUCUUGCUUAUAGCUAGAUCAGAACAAGCUUUUUGAUUUUUUGAGAAUCAGGUAUAACUUUUAUUGUUUUAGAGAUGCCAGGGUUGUUGGUACACCAAAACACAAGCUUGGUGUAUGUGUUCAGCCAAUAUACCUUCACACUGACGUGUCUUCUUUAGUCCAGUUCUUCGAAUUCUGGUUAUCUGAGAAAGCGACCAAGUUCUACAUUUAUCGUGAAAGCUACACGAAAGAAGUUGGAGAAGUUCUGGAGUUUUAUGGAAGUCAAAAUAAUAUUGAGGUGGUUUAUAUCGACUGGUCGAGUUUGCCGUUCAGUGAAGGAAAGGUUGGCGAAAAAAGUAAUCCAAACAGGUAUUGGUUCCGGUUGGAGGUGUUCAUGUCAUUGUUCGACUGUAUUCAUCGUGCAAGGUGAGUGAAUUUAUGAGUUGUUGCAGGUAAAGCUAAGCUUCUAAUCAAAUUUAACAAUUUUUUAUAAAAUAUUUCCUAAAAUCAGUUUUUUCAUAAUAAGAUAGAUAACUGUACGUUUUUAGAGGAAAUGUACAAUAUCUAGCACAAACAGAUUUGGAUGAGAUGAUUUACGUCGGGAAAGACCGGUCGAUUAUCAGUUUUAUGGAGAUUAUGGAUAAACAAGAGCCGCUGAUGGCUUCGGCUUCAUUCAGAAGUCAAAGAGUUCAGUUGACGGUGAGGAACACUAGGUAAUGUAACAUCUUUUUAGAACAGUUCGUUGACUUUUACGCAAGAUCCUCGUGAGAUAUCCUUUAACAAUCUGGAGGAAGUUGUACUAGAAGAUCGAGUGUUCAAGAGGCCUUUGUACUCUAAGAUGAUUUACAAGCCUGAGAGGGUGAGUUUUGAACCUUUUGUAUUAACUUUUUGCUUAAAUUGACAAGAUUUGUUUGUUUAAACUACGUAUAAGAGAAAAAUAAGGAAAAAAUUAAAGUUUAUCAUUUUUAGGUAUAUCAUGUACAUAUCCAUCGACAACUCCAAACUGAACCUAUUCCUGAUGCUAAAGGCUACUACAAGCAUGUUAACAUAGCUCCGGAAGGUGGAGUUGUGCUUCACAUCAGACGACUGAAAGACAUGUAUCCAUGGACAAAGUCAUUCAACUCUUCGAUAUUGUUAACCAAAUCGCAACAAAUGGAAGAAAACUACAAGAAAAGGAUUCAGGAUUACAACUUUUGUAAGUUUUAUCGUUCACGUUAUAGUACAUACACCUAUUAGCAUCACUUUAAUGCUAUAUGUCUGUCUAAACUUAAAAUGAACUUGCUUUCAGCACAAAACGAGUGGAAUAACUAUGGUGUAGAAGUGAACGAAAAGAUAGAGGAAUGUCGACAGAAGAUGAACAAGAAUCGACAGAAUGCGUGUCACAACUUGUGGGAUUGUGACAAGAAAGUUACCCAUGUUGAUUGGGUCCGGGUCCGUAAUUCAUGGCUGGUAGUAUGA